AUGCACGUGCGACUCGUAGCGCUGUUGGCAGCUGCAGCUCUCACGUCCACGUCAAUAGCCGUGACGACGUGUCCCGUGUCCGUCCAAUCGCGGACGACGUCGACGUUGACGGACCCAAUCACUGAAGUCGUCGUCUCGAUCUCCAGUGGGAGCGGAAGCAGCAGCGUUGACGGUUCGUCGUCGUCACUUGGUUCGGGCUCGGGCUCUGGUAUCGUAGAUGCAGGCGGCAGUCAAGAUGAUCAGACGGCUGAGGUCGGGAGCAGUUCCGGCUCGUUUGGGGCGCCGCCUACGAACAGCUCGAGUGUGGACCAAGCGGGAUCAAACAACACGACGGCACCAACGACGACCACGGACAAUAGCAGCGGCAAUGGCACUGACAAGACACAAGCUGACGAAGGGGGUACGGGGGGUGCGACAACUCCUUCCGGCAGUGGAAACCCCACGUCGCCGUCUACUACGACGAGUCUAACGACGACGACGGACCCCCCGUCAUCACCAUCAACGGAGGCACCGCCGUUGUCGACAGGUGACGCUCCGUCGACGACUGUGGCCGUUACGGUCGCGCCGGUCACGAGCACGGACAGUGCAUCGUCUGUUGGAACGAGUACGACGACGGGGCCGACUCCUGAGGUGCCGGAGGCUGUGAGUGCAGCAGCAGAUACGACGACGACGACACCUUCGGGGUCAAACACAGGGGCCGGAUUGUCGCUGUCUCUUGGUAUACGGAAGCUCCAGACGACGACGACGACAGCAACAACGACAGUAGAUCCAGCUCUAGGGACGAGUGGGCUGGCGGGUUCGAUGACUGGUGCCACAAGCACGACGGACAAAACAAAUGUGACGACCACACCAGGCGCACCGACAAAUGGUCCACCUGUGACUGCUGGGACGGCACCAACGACAGGCUCGAGCUCGACAAAUACUUCGGUGGGCUCCAACUUGUCUUCAGGUUCGGACACGCUGUUAUGUGACAGCACGUUCUACUCCAAGUGGGACGCCAUGGGGCUGAAAUGUGGAGGCGCAGGCAUUGACGUCGCGUCGGCUGUUGCCGCGUCGAGCUGCGUGAUUUACAGUGGCAGGGCAGGCAGCACCUCGGGCUCCUCGUGUGUUUCGAUUUGCUCCUUCCCGGCGUGCACUGACGACGCGUGGGUGUACGGCGCCAACAACGGCAUCUCGUCGUCGGUCUAUGAUGGGUUGGGUGUCGAGGCGUUCCUCCCGGGUGAGGUGGUGGCGGCGCUAGAGGAGCGCUCGCCAACUGUGUCGACGUUCCUGUCGGAUUCCACCAUAUCGAACUCGGAGCAGUGCUCGUAUUCAUCAGAGAAUUCGUUCUCGUCGUGCUCAUGCUCCGCCAUGCUGGUUGAUCUCUCGAGCUCAGGAAGCGUUGCUGAAGGCGCGAGGAAGGAGCUGCGCCAGCAAAAUGAGGCGAACGGAGUCAUUACGAAAGACAUAACUAGUACUACCGGCACCGUCGUGGCAGCCACGUCGAAAAGUGUGGCUGGCGUCACGGUUGCAGUCACGGGCAUUGCUGCUAUCGCUAGUGCAGCCGUUGGCGGUGUCAGCUCUGCCGGUGCUUCGUUCGCGGCGGCUGGUUCGACCAUGGCCAUUACGACGGUUGAGAUCUGCCAGUUUGGCGUUCUUGUCAAUCAGCUUCAGCUUGACGGCAAGUCGGCGGCGUUAGCGCAGUUUGGCAAGGCCAUGGCCCCGGCUGCGUUCACGUUCUUGCCGUUUGGGACGCUGGACGAACCGGAUGUAAACAGUGGCAAGUCGAGCAGCAGCACCUUGUCUGAUGCUGUUGCCAACCGACGGCUGUCUAGCUCUAGCUCAAGUGGAAGCGACAGUUCCAAAGUCGCGAGUCAGCUCACUGGUAUAGAGAAAUACGCCCGUCAGCUGGACGUCAACGAAGACAUGCUGUUUGUCGUGACGCUUGCGGGUGUGUUCUGCGUGAUGGCCAGCGUAGUGGGUUUGUUCGGUAUCGGCUACUUGCUCGCUGGUUUCGUCAUGCCCCGCGAAACGUACUUGACUGCGUUUUUUGACAAGAUGAUUGGUCUUGAGGUUCUCGUGGCCAUCCUGGCGCAGUACACAAUCGGUGUGACAGCCACCUUUCAGAUCUAUUACUCGACGAAAUAUGAGAGCAUUACGGACCCCAAGUGUCUGCUAGCGAUUGCUGCCAUCAUAUUCCUGGCUGCUGGCAUUCUCGUGUACGGCUACGUCGUCAUCAAGAAACAUGAGGCUGAAAUUGUGGAUGUCGGGACGGUACAGCAUUUGAAGAAGACUGUCAACAUGCGUUAUGGUCCUCUGUACGAGGAGUACAAGUUCAAGAACCGUUACUUCUUCGCCGCGAAGAUGAUGCUCGCCUUGACGACGGGUGUGAUUACCGGCUGUGCAAACAUGUCGGGCAAGAUACAGGUAGCGCUCAUUCUCGCGUUGAACGUGGUGUUCUUUUUCUACUUGGAGAUUCAGUCGCCGCACCACUCGAAGUUCGUCCAGACUACCACGAGUUUCGUGUCCAUCAUGAAAAUUGCCGUGCUCGUGCUGACGUUCUUUUUGGUGACCGCGGCAACGAGCGAUGGCUUCCCGACCAGUCUGCAGAACGGCAUUUCAGUCGCCAUUGUGGGUCUCAACCUCUUUGUGCUGGCUCUGCUCAUGAUCCGGUCACUGUACGCAUUUUGGCAGAAGCUCAAGCUGCAACGUGACGCCGCGUACGACCAAGAAGAGCAGACUGCGCAGGACUACUUUAAAGACGAGACGCCCGUUAGAACCAAGGAUCACGCUCCCAGCAACGCUCAAGCCCCUGCUGGCCAGCCAGGUUCCCAGUCUCAGUUCGCGAACUUGAACAACAACGGCAGUAGCAGUCCAUACGUCCAGGGUCACGCCACUGUAGACCAUGCCAGCGCAGACGAGAUCCGCUUACGCUCGGCCACGCACGAGAAUGACGACCGGCAUCAAACGUACGACGCAGGCCGGCGCUCGGCUGCCAACCACUACAUUAAGGAAGACCAGAAGCCUCACGGCCACGUUCGGAACGACGUGGUGGAGCUGUAG